UGAAUGAGCAAAGUAUAAACCACCUGGAUUGAUAUUUGAUCACAAAACGGGCUUUUGAUAUAUUUUUGGAUGAACAUUCUGCAAGACUUUUACCUUAAAAACGUCAGGACUUUUACUUUGAAAAAACAGGACCAAGAAGUCAAACCGGAAGUGAAACGCGUCAGCACGCCGGUGGCUUUGUUAUGACCGGCUAUUACCGUGGAUCUAGUCGUGUUUUGUCGCUUAUGACAUUAUAUCUUAUCGUUUAAAUCACCAAGAUACACCAGGCUCCCCCGCUGCGACUUUAGAUCUCGCGACAUCUGCAAAACUGCGUGAAGAAGGAGGUGACGUCGCGAUACUUUAUCACUGUUCUGCGAAGCGACCCCCCCUCCUUUCCCGGAGUGAAUGGCCGCGCUGAACGUUUCCUUCGCCGCCUGCGGGUUCAUGGGGAUAUACCAACUGGGGGCCGUGGGGGCCCUCCUGAGACACGGGGACCGCCUGGUGGCGUCGCUCCGGGCGUGCGCCGGGGCGUCCGCGGGCGCCCUGGUGGCCGCGGUGCUCCUCACGGCCCCCGACAAGGUGGAGCACUGCAAAGACUUCACCUACAAGUUUGCGGCCGAAGUGCGAUGCCAGAAGCUGGGAGCCCUGACGCCGGGCUACGACUUCAUGCUAGCUCUACGGAGCGGGAUAGAGGAUGUCCUGCCAGGCGACGCCCACAAGGUGGCGGCUGACAGACUCUGGGUGUCCGUCACACACGCCAAGAGCGGGAAGAACAGCCUGGUGGGAGAGUUCAGCUCCAGGGACGAGCUGAUAAUGGCGCUGCUGGCCAGCAGCUUCGUGCCAGUCUACGCCGGACUCCGCACCCUGGAGUUCCGCGGACAGAAGUAUUAUGACGGGGGCUUCAGCGACGGCCUCCCCCUCCUCCCCUCCGGCCGCACCCUCACCAUCUCCCCCUUCGCUGGGCGGGGCGUCAACGUGUGCCCCGCCCACACGGGAUGGUCCCAACGCCACUUCCGGCAUGCCAACAUGAACAUCCUGCUCUCAUUGGACAACAUUGUGAGGCUGAACCAGGCCCUGUUCCCGCCCCCCCUCGCUCGGAUGCGGUCGCUAUGCCAACAGGGUGAGGAGGACACCCUCCGCUUCCUGAAGAAGGAGGGAUGGCUGUACUAACAAGCUAGCGUUAAUGAGCUCAAAACUCCCUCAUUACUAGAGACUCAAACCGUUUGGGUGCAUGGACAACCCGGGGGGCGCUGCUCAAGUGCCGAUUGACCGAUUUUUGGUCUUGAUCCGGAUCAAAGAGUGUGACGGACAGCUCAACGGACCAAUGGCUGGCCGGGGCCGCAAACCUCAAACAGAAUUGAGCGCACCUUAAA